GCCGCUUCAGAACGAGUUUUGGAUUGCAGAAGCGAACACCUCAUCCCGCCGCGCAGAGUUGCUGAGCGGUUUUUGCCAAAUAAGGGGCAGAACGCGGAAUCUGCCUGACACUGCCCAGCCACUGCCUCAAGAUGAAGAGCUCCAUUCUUUUGGCAUUUCUACUGACGAUACUUGCUAGUUGCCACGGAAGGCACAACGAUGUCUUGACAGCUGUAGGAAACAAGCUGUCGGAUGUGGACAUCGAAUGCAACAGCGACAGCAUCGAGGUGACCAUCUCGACGUCUGGCGAAGAAUUCAACGGCAUGGUCUAUCCGAAAGGACUGUCCGAAAAUUCGAGCUGUCUCGCCGAGUAUGAGCACGCGGGAUCCAAAAUCACCUACAAGCUGCCUCUGAGGUCUUGCAACACUAUGAGCCACGACAUCUCGGAAGGCGUGGAGUACUUCAACACGGUUGUGAUUCAACCUCACUCCAAACUGGUGACCAGCCUGGGAAGAGGGUUCCACGUGAGAUGCCGCUACCAGAACAAGAAUAAGACACUGCACUCGGAGGCCCCUUCGAAUUCCAUUGGAACAACGCCGGCAAAGAACGCGGUGCCCCUGCCCACCUGUUCCAUGCACAUCUACGUGGGACGUCCCAGCGAGCACGUGAUAGCCGAACACGCCAGGAUCGGCGAGUACCUUACGUUGGUGAUCAGUAUCGAAGAACAAGACACGUACGGCCUGAAAGUGACCAACUGCAUCGUGAAAGAUGGCCUGGGAUGGUCUGAGCAGCCCCUCAUCAACAAUGACGGCUGCCCUAUUGACAGCGAUGUCAUGGGCCCCUUCGAGUACAGCAAGAACUUGACCCUGGCCCAGGUGACCUACCCGGCUCACAAGUUCCCCUUUACCGCGUCCGUUUACUACAAGUGCAAUGUCAAGCUCUGCACCAAGAAGAACGGAGGCUGCGACGACGUGCCCCCCAUCUGCGACCCGACUGGCCACAAUGUCCGCAGGCGUCGGCGCAAGAGGCAGAGUGGCGAGUUGCAGGACCGCGGUUCCCUCGAAAAAUUGAGGCUUCAGGACGAGGAUGUGCGGGACAAGUCUGUCGAAGUCUACGGAGGUCUCUACGUCAAUGAAGUGGACGACGACGAGGAUUCAGAAAACCCUUCAACCCUCCCUGCACGAUCGGACGACGAGUUCUGCGUGUCCACGAGGAAGUUCGCCAUCGGGAUCGCCAUUGCCGGCGUUCUCCUGAUGCUGGCGGUCAUCCUGCUAGUCGCCUGCAUUGUCCACCGUCGCAGGAGGAGGAAGGGCACCUCCACGACGGGCUCCUCCAUCUACUCCGGCCCUUACUCCAACCACGCUUACAGCAGAGACUAAAGGAGAAUCGGUUCUGCGGCUCUGUACUAACACAUUAACUUCAAGAAAGAGCAUCGAGUGGACUGCUAAGUCUAGCCAAAAAAAAAAAAAAAAAGUCUGCUUGCCAAUCCGAUACUCUUGAAGAUUGCUUGAAGAAUUCCUAACGGACUCGGCUAAUAAACUCAAGCAACCAUCUUCUUGGAUUUUUUUUUUUUUUGAAAGAUUUUUGGUGGAUUGUUUAACGAAUUCUUAAAAAGCUGGAAUGAUGGUUUCAGGACUCCUGAUGGAUUAACUGAAGAAUUUCUUAAGAUCUCGAAUGAAAUUCAGUUUCCUUGAGGAUCUAUUCGAAGAAAAUUUAGACCGAAGGAUCUCUAUAUUUUUUUAAAGGUCCUCAAUGGCUGAUUUAAAGAAUACUGCAAGGACUGAUCUCAAGAUUUAUUAUGAUCCUCGAUACGUUUUUAAAAAGCCCCCAUUAGUCGCACUUAUUUUCAUUCCUUAUGGUCACAGACAUCUCAUGGAUAUAAAAUCUGCUCUAUGAUAUGCUCUUCAGAUUUCACUUAUUUUUCAUUUAUAAUUAGCUUUAAUUUGAGUAUUGAGUAUUUCUGUGUAAUAAAAUUCAAUGUAAUAAUGAGGUAAAAACAGCUAAUGUAUGCAAAUACCAUGCACAACUAUCAGAUAUUGCGACUAAUGGAGGAUUGAUAUGUUAGCUGCAUUGUGAUUCGCCUGUGAUUCAUACCUACUAUCCAAUUAGAUAACCUCCUCCAGCUACAAUUAAGAGAUAACAAAGAAUCUAUCUUCGAGUUUCUAAUUGGCUGAUCUGAAUCAUACUCGUAAACGAUGGCAGAAAACAUGUUAGGGACUUCUGUGCUGAUCAUUUUUUAAUGGCCGAUGAGUUGUCUUGUAUAAAUGGUUUCCAAAUGGUUUUGGUUUAGAAUUCUCGAUGAAUUUUCAAGAAGAUAUUGCUGAGAAGCAACUCUCACUGCCGUUACCCGGAGCUUGCUGUUGAAACGCUUAAAAUUCAUUCAAUAACAUCAUACAGUUUUGCUUGAAAGUGACUUAUUUUACCGCUGCAAAGCUUUGUUAGAAAUCAUACAUUUUUGCUUGACUUAUUGCAAUCCUUAUUUAUUUAUACGUUUAAUUUUGUAUUUCUUAAUAAAUGCGAAUUCGCUUAUUGAGCUUAGUUAAGAAGAUAUUGUGAAUCCAGCAGUGCUGUUUACGUUUCUUAGAUAGUUUGUUUUGAUUCUUAUAGUUUUAUCUCUGCCUUUAUAAAUCACCUAUUUAAUGUGAACAAUGCCAGUUGUGCAGAGGCUUUUAUCUCGGUGGACAGAUAGUGCUGCCGUGUUGCAAUUUGAUGAUACUUACUGCCAUUUUGUUGUGAAACAAAACGUCAAUGAUGUGUUUCACUGCCAUAAUGACAUUUAAAGCGGUUUUCGUUAAAUUAUUUACGUUUUAUCACGAAUUCUCUCGACCACUUGUAUACAAUUAUUUUUCAUUAUUAAUUUAUAUUAAACAGCUUUUUUUAUGAAAUAUGUCACUGAUAAUCAAUGAAAUGUAUCUUUCAUUUCCAAAUGGCUGAAUGGCACUAAAGCGCUCUUUUAUUCAUUCGGUGUCAAUUCAAUUCAAAUGGUUUCUUUUUAUAAAAUUAUUUGUAUUUCUUAAUUCUAGGAGUUUUGAAAAUAAUCAAUUUUAAUUUAUUGUAUUUUUUUUCUUCUUCUAAGUAAGCUAAUUAUUGAAAAAAAAAAAGACAAUUAGCUCAUUUGUAAUGAAGCAUCUCGCAUCCUAGUAUUUAUUGCCUAGAUGUGCGAUAUAUUUUUUUAAAGUAAAAUAUACCGUUUCCGAAAGAAUCUUACUACACAUUACUGGGUUGAAUCAAAUAAUGUAGUUCUUUCAAAAGUUGUGUUCUUACUAUCGCAAAAUUCGAAAAACUGUUGUUGAAGCACUAAGAGGAUUUGAGAAGAACGAAAAAUACGAAUUUUUUUUCCUUUUAUUAUACUCUGGUAAUUAAGAACAUUUUCUUAAAAAAAAAAAACUAUUUUUUAGCAUUUGGAUAUGUCAAACUUGAAAUUUUUUAUGACAGGAUUUACUUUGAGAUAUCAUCUUUUAAGCAAGAAUGUUUCGUUUCCCCCCCCCCCCCCCCUCCUAAUAGCUCAAACGAAGAUUGGAAAGAAACCAGAUAUCGACAGUCAUCAAUACAUAAAAGUACAAAAUUCGGUAACUGCUAAAAAAUUUUUUUUCUCAAGAUAAUGGCUUGGUUAGUUUUCUAAGUACAAUUUAUUAAUAUUUAAAAUAGUUAAAUUGAGUCAACAAGGUCAGCUAACAAAUAUUUAUGCAAAAUAUAUUGUAAUGCUCCUAAUUCCUUUAAACAUUCAGAAAAAUAAAUAAUAUAUAUAUUUUUUUUUACCUCAUUGAACUAUGGCGGCUAUAAAAUUAAAAAAAUAUAUAAUCAAACAAAAAAAAUUUGCAUCUUAUUAUAAAAAAUCCAUACUAUUAGUUCACUGGAAAUUUGAAACUCAAUUCUAAAUUCUUCAGUUAUUUACGCAAAUAUCAAUAAUACAGAACGAAAAAAAAAAAAAAAAAAUAGUAAAAAAAAAGUUAAUUAUUUUUUAAACUCACUCUUAUAGAUGUCAUAAAAAAGAUUAUGUUAUUAAAUAUAAUGAAUUUUAAGUUAUAAAUAUUAUGAAAUCCUUAAAUAGAUUUUUCUCAUAUUAUAUACCCAGACAUCAAAAAUAUUGAAUAAAAAUUUAAUAAAUGAAUUUAUUGAUUGAUACAAAGCCAUUCAAAUGAUGAUUUGUCAUUAAAAAGACCCAAAUGUACAAAAUGUCAAUCCUUUAGUACAUACUGAAGGGAAUAAAAGAAAUCAGUUUUAAAAUUUCAUCAUUUUAAGAAUAAAACAAAUGAUAUAAAAUAAAAGCGAAUAAAAAAAAGCCAAGCUGCUCUACUAUCUGAGAACGUUUUGUGACCAAGAAAUGAAUGUAAAACUGGAUCAUUUUUUGAAAAGUAAAAGGUACUUUCCCCUUGAUUUUUUUUCAGUUGCUCGAGUUUUGAAUCUUUAGUUUUUGUAUUGCACUGUCUCUCGGUCAGUUGUUUCUGAAAAGCUAUCAAAUGCAGCAAAAUCAAAUUCCUGUUUGCUUUGGAUAACAGCCGUAAAGGAUUUGGACCUUUGCGGACGCACUUCGCUUUUUUUGUACUUUAUUUGUUUGCAAUCUGUUUCAUAUCAUUUCGCAAGAUGCUUUCACUUCAAAUUCAAAUCGCGGAAAUAAGUUUCUUAAAACAAAAGAUGAAAUUUCUCGACUGCAGAGAGAUAAAAAGAGAAUAAUAAAAAAUAAUGCGAUUAAAUAUUCUUAAAAUCUCUGCUCACAAACCGUGGUUCGUGCAUCCUUUUUGGUACUUUAUGUUCUUUAGUUGGAACAGUUUUCAACAAAAUAUUUAAAUAAUAACCCCCUUUUUAAAUGUUGCGCUCAUUUUUAAUAUAUCUCUUUCUCAAUAUAUAUUAAAAAUGACAUUAAAUAAAUCAAAUCAAGUUUGCAUAAACUGUGGUCAUGACUGCGGCCAUACCGGCUAUAAAGUAAUUAAAGCUUUAGAUUUAAUACUGAAAAAAUAAUAGAACUUAUAGAAGAAUUCAGUUUCGUGAAGCGUCGAUGCUUCCAAACUGAUAGCAGUGAAACAGGCCCAUAAGAAAUCUCAUUCAUUGCUAUUACUGCCAUUUAAAACAUAAUUUCCUAUCUAUGUAUAAAUUUCAUUUAUGGAUAUCAUUGAAUAGUGUCAUUUAAAAUUAAUUAUAAACACUAUUUAGGAUGUAUCGAUUUUUCAAUCGUAAAAUACAUAUUUGAUAGUUAUUAUUCCUUUUUAAUGCGUUGCAAAAUUCAAACAGUUUCUGAAUCCUCGAUUUAAAUAUUCCUUCAAUCCUACGAAUCAUUUUUACCUCUUCAACUUAUGCCUAAGUAUUCACUUCUGAAUCAAAAAGCUUCAGAUUUAAUUAGGGAUGAGUUAUCGUUUGGGAACCGUUCUAGAUUGAGUGCGGACUGCAAAUGGCUGCCGACUGCUGCUGUUUUGAAGGUCGUAAAUUUGGUAUUCGAUUCCACGGAAGAACCGUCAUGCAUACAUGCCUUGAGCACAUUAAAUUUAUUGAGAAUUAAAUGUCUUUCUUCCCACUGUUUCGAAGCAGGAGAGAGGAUUCGGGCACAGAUGUCAUACUCCUCAUCUGACCAUUGUCACGAAAAACUUCCGUGUUGAUUUAAAAUGGGGCGUUAAUGCAAUUAAAUGAACUGAACUUGUGAAAUGAUACGAUUGAUAAAGAAAACAGCAAUCUUUGCAACGCAGUUGAUUUUUUUCUUAAUGUUGAAGGGCUUUGCAUUGUUGUUGUUGUUUUGUCUGCUGCUAAAUAUUUUAUUUCUGUUGUACACAUGAUACAAUUUGCCCGACAGGCAGCUAAGUCAAACGGUGUUGGGACCAACCCGAUAGUGUAUUAAAGAGAAAAUCUCUUAAACACUGCAAUAACAAGAAUUUGUGGUGAUGAGUUUGGCUCCGAAAUAACACGACUGGAGUACUAAUCACUCGUACUUGAUUAAUUUAUAACUAUUACUCUUUAGAGUAAUUUAUUUUUACAUUCUAAUGUAAAUGUUGUAUUUCUUUUGCUACUUUAUUAUUAUUAUUUACUACAUAUAAAAUAAGAAAUUCAUUUUUAUGUUCCAUUGUAAAUUAACCACUAAAUUUUUAUCUAAUAAAUAUUGUAAUGAAUACUA